UGGAGUGUGUGUUGCAUAUGUGAGGCCUCUUCCCCUAGAGGUGACAGGCCCUUUCUCUCCCCACCUUCAGUCACUCUGAUGGACACUAGCAAGGCACAGGGAGAGCUGGGCUGGCUGCUGGAUCCCCCAGAGGACGGGUGGAGUGAGGUGCAGCAAAUCCUGAAUGGAACCCCCCUGUACAUGUACCAGGACUGCCCAGUGCAGGACAGCAGAGACACUGACCACUGGCUUCGCUCCAAUUGGAUCUACCGGGGCGAGGAGGCAUCCCGCGUCCACGUGGAGCUGCAGUUCACCGUGCGGGACUGCAAGAGCUUCCCUGGGGAAGCCGGGCCUCUGGGCUGCAAGGAGACCUUCAACCUCCUGUACAUGGAGAGUGACCAGGACGUGGGCAUUCAGCUCCGGCGGCCCUUGUUCCAGAAGGUAACCACGGUGGCUGCAGACCAGAGCUUCACCAUUCGAGACCUUGCAUCUGGAGCAGUGAAACUGAAUGUGGAGCGUUGCUCCUUGGGCCGCCUCACCCGCCGAGGCCUCUAUCUUGCUUUCCACAACCCGGGUGCCUGUGUGGCCCUGGUGUCCGUCCGGGUGUUCUACCAGCGCUGCCCCGAGGCUGUGCAUGGCUUGGCCCAGUUCCCCGACACUCUCCCAGCGCCUGGUGGGUUGGCUGAAGUGGCCGGGACCUGCUUGCCCCAUGCCCAGGUCAUCCCCAGCUCCUCGGGUGCGCCCCGCAUGCACUGCAGCCCCGACGGCGAGUGGUUGGUGCUGGUGGGGCGGUGCCACUGUGAGCCUGGCUACGAGGAAGGCAGCGGCGGUGUCAAGGCAUGCGUUGCCUGCCUGAGCGGUUCCUACCGGGCUGAUGUGGACACACCGCAUUGUCUCAAGUGCCCCCAGCAUAGCACAGCCGACUCUGAAGGGGCCACCGUCUGUACCUGUGAGAGCGGGCACUAUCGAGCUCUUGGGGAGGGCCCCCAGGAGGCUUGCACACGUCCUCCCUCAGUCCCCCGAAACCUGAGCUUCUCUGUUUUGGGGACUCAGCUCUCCCUGCACUGGGAACCCCCAGAAGACAUGGGGGGGCGGCAGGAUGUCAGAUACGAUGUGGGGUGUUCUCAGUGUCGGGGAGCAGCGCUGGAGGAGGGGCCCUGCCAGCCCUGUGGGGGAAGUGUGCGCUUCUACCCCGGGCCCAGAGGGCUCACCUCGCCCACUGUGCGUGUGGACGGCCUUGAACCCUACGCCAACUACACCUUCAACAUUGAAGCUCAGAAUGGAGUGUCGGGGCUGGGGGCCUCCAAGCAUGCCAGUGCCUCACUUAGCAUCAGCAUGGGGCAUGCAGAGCCCCUGUCUGGCUUGUCCCUGAGGUUGGUGAAAAAGGCCCCGAGGCAGCUGGAGCUGACCUGGGCGGGGUCCCGGCCUCGCAGCCCUGGGGGUAACCUGAGCUAUGAGCUGCACAUCCUGAACCAGGAUGAAGAACGGCACCAGAUGGUUCUGGAACCCAGGGUCUUGCUGACGGAACUGCAGCCAGACACCACGUACAUUGUCAGAGUCCGGAUGUUGACCCCGCUGGGCCCUGGCCCCUUCUCCCCAGACCAUGAGUUUCGGACCAGCCCACCAGUUCCCAGGGUCCUGACUGGAGGAGAGAUCGUGGCCAUCACCUUUGCGCUGCUGCUGGGUGCAGCUCUGCUGCUCGGGAUGCUCAUCUUCCGCUCCAGGAAAGCUCGGCGGCGACGGCACCAGAGGCAGCAGAGGCAGCGUGACCGCAUCACCGAUGGGGACAGAGAGGACAAGCUGUGGCUGAAGCCUUACGUGGAUCUCCAGGCAUAUGAGGACCCUGCCCAGGGAGCCCUAGACUUCACCCAGGAGCUCGAUCCAGCCUGGCUGGUUGUGGACAACGUCAUAGGGGAGGGAGAGUUUGGGGAAGUAUAUCGAGGGUCCCUGAGAACCCCCAGCCAGGACGCCAAGACUGUGGCCAUUAAGACCUUGAAAGACACAUCUCCAGAUGGCCAGUGGUGGAACUUCCUUCGAGAGGCAACUAUCAUGGGCCAGUUCAACCACCCACACAUUCUGCACCUGGAAGGCGUUGUCACAAAGCGAAAGCCCAUCAUGAUCAUCACUGAGUUUAUGGAGAACGGAGCCCUGGAUGCCUUCCUGAGGGAGCAGGAGGACCAGCUGGUCCCUGGGCAGCUGGUGGCCAUGCUGCAGGGCAUAGCAUCUGGCAUGAACUACCUCAGUGACCACAAUUACGUCCACCGGGACCUGGCCGCCAGGAACAUCUUGGUGAGUCAGAACCUGUGCUGCAAGGUGUCUGACUUUGGCCUGACCCGCCUCCUGGACAACUUUGAUGGCACCUAUGAAACCCAGGGAGGAAAGAUCCCCAUCCGCUGGACAGCCCCCGAAGCCAUCGCCCACCGGAUCUUCACCACGGCCAGCGACGUGUGGAGCUUUGGGAUUGUGAUGUGGGAGGUGCUCAGCUUUGGGGACAAGCCCUACGGGGAGAUGAGCAAUCAGGAGGUCAUGAAGAGCAUCGAGGAUGGAUACCGGCUGCCCCCUCCCGUGGACUGCCCUGCCUCCCUCUAUGAACUCAUGAAGAACUGCUGGGCCUAUGACCGAGCCCGUCGGCCCCCCUUCCACCGCCUGAAGGCACAGCUGGAGCACUUACAGGCCAACCCCCACUCCCUGCGAACCAUUGCCAACUUUGAUCCCAGGGUGACCCUUCGCCUGCCCAGCCUGAGUGGCUCAGAUGGGAUCCCCUACCGAAGCGUGGCUGAGUGGCUGGAGUCCAUACGAAUGAAACGCUACAUCCUGCACUUCCGCUCUGCCGGGCUGGACACCAUGGAGUGUGUGCUGGACCUGACGGCCGAGGACCUGGCGCAGAUGGGGAUCACACUGCCGGGACACCAGAAACGCAUUCUUUGCAGUAUUCAGGGAUUCAAGGACUGAGCCCUGCCCACACCCACCCUGUUCUCAGGGAGCAAAAAUGGGGCCGUGGUCAGGCCUCAGGCCCCUUCCCUGGACCUGCCAGACAUUGGCCUUUGGUGCUGCUCCUGCCCACCCUUCCCUGAGGAACUGCCGCUGGAGCCCGGAAGUCUCUUUGUUUUAAAAAGGGAGGUGGGGUAGAAGUAACUGUGGGAGUUGGGGGAGGGUUUAAUAUAUAUAUAUAUAUACAUAUACAUAUACAUAUACAUAUAUAUUUUUGUAAAUAAACAGGAACUGAGUUUUCAUCUUUA